AUGACGAAGAAGCGUCAGGACAAGGCCACGAAACUUCCCUUGGACAAGGACGCUCUGAAGACCGGGGUCACCUCUAACGGUGGGACCGAUUGCGAGCAGAAUGUUGUGAAUGGUCAGCCAGAAGCACAAGAGCAAAAACAAGAUGCCGAGCCGAUCGUUGCAAAUGAGCCGAGCACCCAAGAGCAGAAUGCCGGAAAUCAACAGAACGGCGAAGCUGAAUUAGAUGCCGACAUGAUGUCGGACGUGCCUUUCAACAUCAUCGUUGAACUCCCCAACGAUAAAACAGUGGAGCUUUGCGUUUCUCCUCAGGAGCUGGUCCAAGAAACUCAUCAGCGAUUGAUGGAUAUGCAAGACACGUGUCAUAGAACAUGCUUCCAUUUGACCUUCAACAAUGUGACAUUGGACAAUUUCGCCGAGUUGAAGUCGAUCGAAGGUCUCAAGGAAGGGAGCAUAGUCAAAUUCAUAGAAGAGCCGUACACGCAGCGCAAAGCCAAGACACACCUGCGCCAUAUCAGGGACAUGAUCAACUGCGUGUCGCCCGCUGAGAUAUUCUCGGGACAGGACUUCAAUUCUCCGUCGUUUCUCAGCAUCCUCACCGGCGGGGACGUUAUCGCCAGGGUGGUUGACGGCAAUAAAAGCAUCCGGCUAGACGAGGACUGCACGCCGCCGAGUUUCAUCAUGCCCGGCGCGAAGGACGUACCCUUAUCGGGGCUCCUGCUCGAUUGCGAGGAACAACAUAGGAAAGCGCUCAAGGUUCUGACUCUGAGCGGAUGGAACCCGCCCCCGGGUCCGCGAAAGCUGCGAGGCGACCUAUUGUACCUGUACGUUACGACACUAGAAGAGAAAACCUAUCACCUGACCGCCUCCUCCAAAGGAUUCUUCGUGAAUUGUUCUACCGAGGAAGUGUUCGACCCGAGGAAACAAUCUCAGUUGGGGAAAGCUUCGCAGACUUAUCACUCGCUAGUCGACUUGCUCAAUAACCUCAGUUCGGGCUUCAAGAAAAACUUCGCGUUGAUUCAGAAGUUCCGCUGCUCCCGUAACGACCUCGAGCGCGUGAUAACGCCAUACCAAGUGUACUCGUGGCUCGCACCGACUAUCGAGCACACUUUAGACGCGAUACGCGCCGAAGAUGCAUCUUCAUUCAAGCUCGGAUACGAGGAACAGAUACCCGGUCAGACUCGUGAUUGGAACGACGAACUUCAGUCGAGCAAGGAAUUGCCUAAAACCGAUCUGCGCCAAAGAAUUCAGCGCGAGCGUGCCCUAUUCAAAGUCCACGGAGAUUUCGUUUCGGCGGCGACGCGCGGUGCGAUGGCUGUCGUCGACGGGAAUGUUUUAGCGUUAAAUCCCGGGGAGGACUUCCGAUCACAGAUGUUCAUUUGGAACAACAUUUUUUUCUCGAUGGGAUUCGACGUCCGAGACCACUACAAGGAUUUCGGAGGAGAUGCCGCCGCUCACGUAGCCCUGAUAAACGAUCUGAAAGGCGUCCAGGCUUACUUCAGCGCCGAUGUCGAUGGCCUACAUACGUUGGGAACGGUUGUUAUAGAGUACCGAGGGUAUCGCGUGAUGGCUCAGUCCAUCAUCCCUGGGAUCUUGGACAAAGAGCAGGACCAAUCUGUCGUUUAUGGCUCGAUCGACGGUGGGAAAACAAUCGUCACCCAUGAAAAAUACGUGGAAUUGCUGUCGCAAGCGGCGGAGACGGUUCGCGUUCAACCCCACGGGGUCUACGACUCGAAACACGAAGCGGUCAAACUGUACUCUUCGAUUGAAUGCAAAGGAAUCGUCGGAGACGAUUCGAGACAUUAUAUCCUGGACCUCUCGAGAACCUUCCCACCCGACGUCAACUACUUGAAACAGAACUUCGCGGAGCUGCCCAGUGAGCUUAAGGAUCUGGGCUUCCCGAAGGAGCAGAGGCAUAAGCUGUCUUCUCUCCGUCAGGAACUCAUCGAACAUUUUGUUGACCACAAGUACGUUAUGUUCGUCAAGAGCUGCGCAAUGGAGUACCAAAAUCUCGAGAGAGCGGACAAGGACGCGAAGCAAGCGAAAGAAAUCUCCAACGGUAAAGAAUCCGAGUCCGCAACUCCCGCUGUGGAAAAAGGAAACGAUUCGGUGGAAACCAAGUCACCGGAAGAUGAGACGAAGGAAAGUGAGCGGAAAUCCGAAAUCCUCAAGAAAGCCACCGAAGCCGUCAACUCGCUCAGGGACGACAAGUUCCACAUUGCUUUCAACUCGGAUGCCUUUCUCGAAAACAUAGAAUUAGUUGAAAGUCCAACUCUAGCGAAAGAGCGUCAGCUGAUCGUUGAAGCAGCCGACUUCCUCGUCAACACCCAAAUCCCCCAUCUCGUCAAGGAGACCAAAGAACACGGAGCUUCGAUAAUGGACGGCUAUAUGCUGACAGGCGCCAUGCACAGCAAGGGAAUCAAUAUGCGAUAUCUGGGCCUGCUCACGAAGCUGGUCGCAGCCGAACCCAGACUAAGCUACUUGCACUGCAUCUGCAUACAGGAGAUUCUGUGCCGUGCAGCUAAACACAUAUACGUCAGUUACAUGCAGUCGGCCGAGGCUCAUAUGGUCGCGGAGGCCGUAUCGCAUUUUCUCAACUGCCUGUUGAGUACCAAGCUCCCGGCGAACUUCCUUCCGGCUUGCGUGAUCGGCGCGAGCAAGGCCUCGAAGAACCGGAACCGGAGAGCGAAGGGCAGCCAGUCGCCAACUUCGACCGGCUCAGCCACGCCCGUGGUGCAUGCCACCCUGGAUUGGACAACGAUCACACCGAAAACUCUGUUCGAUCUCGUGAAACGGGAGGCUCGUGAGUACUUCGAUUACGAGCUGGACGGUGACUGCUUCGAUGCCACUUAUCAACAGUACGACGUUCACCGGUACGGUCUGAUGAGAGGUUUCUGUCUCAAGACCGGAAUUCAGCUCCGACAGAAGAACUAUCAUCUACAAUCGAGUCUCAGCACCGGCGCGUUCACGGACCAGGACGUCGCGAGUCUCUUCCCCGUCGUGCGUCACAUGGAGCCCCGCGCGAGCGACGCGUUCCGGCGCUAUUUGGAUGCUCAAACCAGAAUUCAACAAGGCUCUCUGACGGACGCCUUCGACCUCAUAGCCGAAUCGUUGCAGCUCAUGAAUCACGUGUACGGCCCGUCGCAUCCGGAAAUCGUGCAAUGCAUGAAGUUCCUCGCUAGACUGUCGUACAUUCUCAACGAGCACGAAACCGCGCUGCUGCAUCAGCGACGCGCCGUCAUCAUGUCGGAGCGAGUCAACGGGUUCGACAGCCCACACACGAUCCUGGAGUACGGGAGUCUCGCGUUGUAUCUCUUCGCUUGCGGACAGGUCUCAACGACGUUGAAGGUCCUCUACAGGAUGCGAUACCUCAUGUUGACGGUGUGCGGCGAGAAACAUCCCGACAUGGCGACCCUGGACGCAAACAUCGGACUCGUCCUGUUCGCUAUGCAGCAAUACGAUCUCGCGCUGAGCUUCCUAGAGCAUUCGCUGCGUCUCAACAUCCAGUUCCAUGGGGAAAAGUCGCUGAAGACCGCGCUGAGUUACCAUCUGGUCGCCGAAGCACAGUCGUGCCUGGGAGAUUUCCGGAGCGGACUGAAGAACGAGAAGGAGACGUACGCCAUCUACCGGGCGAUCCUGGGAGACAAUCAAGACAACACGAAGGAAAGUGCGGAGUUCCUCCGACACUUGACGCAGCAAGCCGUUCAGCUGCAGAAGCAAAUCAACAAACUCAGUGAUAGUGCCAACAUGCCGAAGAAUGCCAACAAGGUCAUCCCUCCAAUCAACGUCGCGCCUAUCCCGAUGGGGAGAGUACUCGAUUGGCUCAACAAAAUCAAUGGAAUCAUCUAUUUCAGAAUCAGUCAUGCAGACAUCGAGGCGCUGCGCGUAGAGUUUACCAAGAGGACCCCGGAGAACGAAGAACAGCCGAUUGAAGGCAGCAUCAUCGAAGAGAUCGCGAAAUCGAACAAGAACGCAGAUCCAAAGCACGAGUCAAAUGACAUCAUGAGAGAGCCCGUCGUUUCUUCUUAG